AUGCUCGUUAACAGCGACUCUCCGUCGAUCGUGGGUUCCCAUAUGUACAUGCGUCUGACCGUCGCUAUAAUACGUACUCCUUUACCUCACGGGGUGACGGGACCAGCCGGUGCCGCGACCACCGGAAUCCGGAUGGAAAAAUACAUCCAUCUCCAAAAUAAGCGCCCGUCGCACAUGAUCAUGAUGAUCACGCGGGUGCAGAUCCUGCUGGCCACUACAACGCUAAAUAAUACUACAUGGCACCUUGGACCAGAAAGUCAUACAUAUAAGUUCGAACGUGGUAACUCUGCAAAGCUGCAAUUAAGCGCGCAUGGCCCCCCUCCCAACAUCGCCGCGACGGAGUGCUGCCCAUUGGAGAGUCCAAAGCGAAACUCCACACCGCCUCAAGUUCAACGAUACAGCGUGGUAAGUGCCUCGGUAGCUCUGAUACCCUUGAUUGCUAAGUACAUCCCAGUUUUCUGUGGGCGUCUUGCGAUCAGGAGCCGGGAGUCAGGUGCAAUUUCGUUGAUUAGGUUGUUAACCACGAUGGUCCUUCAAGUGGCGACCCCUGCAUACUUAUGGAUAGGCUCACGUCACUUCAACCAGUGCAUGAAGCCAGUUGUCAAUUUCCAGGCUCACUCACCACUCCCUGUUGUUUCCCGAACGGCCCGGUUGGCGUUAAAUAAAGGAAGAGGGGCACCCCGUAACGCGGUACCGACGCCGGCGCUUAACGAUGUAUUAAGGACCUUGACUAGCCCCCAUGGCCACCCUCCAUCGUGUUUCAGCUUUAAACUGACUGUAAAGCUUAGGGUGCUCAUCAUGAUCGAUAAAGAACAUCCAUCACGAUCGAUAAAGACAAGCGACCUAUCGCGAGAAACCCUCUUUAAACGAGUACCUCAGCAAAGCUGGUUGGAUACCCAGAUAGCCCCUCAGCCGUGCCUACAAGUACCGCGACCGGUCAUGCCUGGACUCCGAAGUCACUCCCCCUUUCGACCACCUCAGUUUCACGCUACUUGUUUCUGGAAAUUUGUGCAUCCAGUCCGUACAAGCUCUAGAGACACGUCCAAGGAACGAUUUAGUAAAUACACGGACUCGUGUCAUAGACAAGUGCUAGUGAACCAUCACUUCCGACAACCGUCGCCAAUACUGAAAUUGGACUGGACAUUUCUUUCGUUUGAGUCGUCUGAACUUUGCACUCGAUCUCAAGAUCCAGCUACACAGGUUCGACCAAUGGGCCCUCCUUGGCGCCCGGCAGAUCCGUACUACCUCGAGCGUUGA